AUGGCUUUCGAGUCUUUGGCUCGUUGCCUCUUAAUAUGGAUUACCCUUUCAGCCAGCGUCACCGCUGGUGCGAAGCUCGGUGGUGAUAUCGCGGCCUUGGUACCAACAUGUGCUCAGCCCUGUCUGGAGUCGUUCGUAGUGGCCAACUACCCAUCGACAGACUGCACACAGAAUCCGACGUUACAAUGCAUGUGCUCGGAGCAAUCACAUUCGGGAUACACGAUCGGGGAGGGAGCACUACAAUGUAUUAGUACCGAAGCACAACGUGGAAUAUGUGAUAAAAAGGACAUUACCAGUUCUGUUAAGCGCGAUGCCUAUCUUAUGUGCUCUAAUGUGCCAAAUGCGCUACCAAACACGCAUGCUGUCCUAACGGCCACAAUCGCAAACUCCCCAACUGGAGUGCCAGCGUCGAUAGUCGUUCCCUCACCAACUCAAACCGGAUCGACGGUCGAGGCUGCUUCCUCAUCAUCCGACUCAUCAAACUCUCUCACGGGCGGUCAAAUUGCUGGAAUCGUUAUUGGCGUCAUCAUCGCCAUCAUAAUCAUAAUAGCUGCUAUCUUCUUUGCUAGACGUAUGCGCAGACGGAAUUAUCAAGGGCUUAAGAGUAGAUCUCCCGAUAUGGCGGAGAGAGGCGGAGUUGAGACACCCGAGUCGGGGAACUUCAUGUCGGCGCCGUCCCGUAGUUUCACGGAUCUUGAAACGCCACCACAGCUGCCACAACAUCGCACAGCAUCGCCGCUGUUCCCUGCUUCUCCUAUGCCGCCUCGUACUCCACCCAGACUUCCCUCGCCUAGCCCUUUCCUUUCACCAGCCCCCAGUCAGGAGUCCUUUGGGCUCGGCAUCUCACGCUCUUUAAGCUCAACCCCAGCUUCAAUGUCGUCCCAGAUUCCAGUUAAUAGACCAACAUCAAAACUCCUCCCCGCCAAACCCACUAUGGAAUUUACAGCUCCUCCUCCUCGACCUCCUCCGCCACCAAAAGACCUAUUCAAGUCGGACGCAGUAUUAUCUCGCGAGUCAUCUGCGCGUACACAACAGACCAACAAGACUAGUCUCCUAACAAAUAUGACAGGAGUAACACCUGCGUAUAUCACUGAUAAAUUUGGAAACUGGGUACGGAACAACAAACACCGCCAAUCUGAUCAGAAGCAGGUCUCGGCGGUUGCAGAACUCGACACAUAUACCCCUCUGACCAUGGCGCCAAUAGAGAAGAGAGAAGAGGAGACCGAGACGAUCUCGGCAGCAGUCUCGGCUGCUUACGGAAUUCCUAACAAGCCACCGUCAGCCUUCUUAUCUAAAAAGCGUUCUACUAAAAGGCAUCAACGCUCUUCCAGCGUAUAUUCACAAGAUAGUUUAGCCCGCCGCACUCGUUUAAUGUCUUAUGGUGGACAUGGGAUCCAGCGCGGCCGAUCUGAUACGUCUUUAUCCGACGACUCUUUUACAACAAUCAACUCCUAUUCGACGAGUUCGGUAAAUGAAGAUAUUGACAGGCUUGAUGGGACUCAUUUGUCGCACCCCCCAACACCGAGAGAUCUAACACGUACCCCUACCCCCGAGCUUGCCCAAGCCAAAUACGUCGAUGUCUCAGGACGCCUCAACCGAGCUUUACUUCAAAUCGACCCCACGAAUAGGGCCUCAUUUUCAAACUCGCCUCCUGGCCAGCCCAGCCCGACAUUGAAGGGCGACGCUAUCCUUUUGAAAGAUGGCAACUCACCUUAUCCUAAACCUUUAAAGCCUAAACGUCAAGACAGUGCUCAGACGUCAAAAACAAGCCUAAUUAGCGAGACGGAAUUGGUACGGCCUCCUCGGCUCGACGACACGCGUCCGUCAAUCCAGAGUCCGCUAUCACGUUUCUCACCGCGGUUACCCAAUGACGAGGCUUGGUUCCCGGACAGGCUUCAAACACCUCCGGGGCAAAUCUCUGGGACCGAAGCUUCACCUAGUCCUUUGGUAAUUGACAGGCACCGAACUCCGUCUCCCAUGUCAUUGCGAUCGGGCUCGGGGGACCAACCGCGUCCACAUAUAGCACGUGCGGUCUCGCCUUUGAGCCAGGCACAAACAAACCAAAGCAACGCGGGUGCUAGCUCGCUAUUGGCAAAACGCCUUGGAAACGGCAAGGCGGUAGAACUCGCACUUGAUCCUAAGAAUAAUAAAUUAAGCCCGCCCUCUCCUAGAGGUUCCCUUCCUGCUACACCAACGUGGCAGCCGAAGCUGACUCCUACGAGACAUGGCGAUGACCUGUACCUCAGUGUGCAAUAG